AUGUACAUCACAUUGCACACAUUAUUACGAAUUAACUAUUCAUUUCUCCCAACUUUUGUCUGCUUCCAUGAUUUUUUUGCAUAUAUAAAGACCACCUUAAAGAAUGUUCAUGAACAUAACCUGAAUUUGAAAGGAAAAAAAAAUGAACCUUUCAACAAUUCGCACAAUGGCUGCUCUUUCUCCAAGGUCUCAUUCUCAUAGCCCAUAUCGUACUCGUUGUGUUAGUUUUCCUGCUAGAUCACAUCCUAGCACAAUCAAGAUUGAGCAAGUUCUCAACAAGAUCAAAACUUGGGAAUCAUCUUCACCUUUAUCUCCAAAAGCAGCUGAGAAAACCCGAAAUGCUUUGUCAGGCCUUGUGGAACUGUAUGAGUGUAUAGAGGAGCUGCUUGCACUUCCAAUGACUCAACGGGCGCUUCUCCAGUAUCAAGAUGACAAUUUUGUGAAGGAGUUGCUGGAAAGAUCAGUGAGAUUCAUAGAUGUUUGCAGCAACACAAGGGAUACUGUCAUGUGUUUAAAAGAAAGCGUGAGGGAACUUCAGUCCGCGCUUCGGAGAAGCAAAGCAGGAGAUGAUUUAUUGACAAUAGAGGAUAGUGUAAGUGCUUAUAUUUCUUCAAGGAAAAAUGCUCAAAAGGAAAUUGAAAAGUCCCUUGCUAUGCUGAAACAGAUAGAUAACACCCAAUCAUCAGCCACAAUCAAAGAAUCUCAGCUCUCUGCCAUAAUAAGGGUCCUUGAAGAUGCGAGUUUCACAACCAUUUCUACGUUUCAGUCGUUGUUAAUGUUUCUUUCUGUACCAGCCUCGAAACCAAAGUCCAUUAGAUGGUCGCUGGUUUCGAAGCUUGUACACAAAGGGGUUGCAGGUGGCAGUGAAGGGCAGAGGGAAAAACUGACUGAGCUGGAGAAAGUUGAUACUGCAUUGAACAAUUUGCUGGACCAGCAUGAAGAGGAAGUGGAAAGUUUUGAAUUUGCACAGAGAAAUCUGGAGAAUUUGGAGGGUAGCAUCGAGGAUCUUGAAAAUGGAUUGGAGAUGUUGUUCAAGCUUUUGAUCCGGACAAGGGUGUCUCUACUCAACGUACUUUCUCUCAGUGGAUAAAUUAGAGGGUAAAUUGAGGUAUCAUGCAUGGCAGCUCAAGUAUUUUUUGCAUGAUUGAAGCUGUGGUGUGUAGAUAUUUCUAGCCAAGUUGUGCACAACUCUAAAAAUACACUAAUUUUAAAGGAUUCGACAUGCAUCAGCUGAUAUUUUUGAAGAGUCUUCAAUAUAGAUUUCUAGUCAUUGAGUCCUGUAAAUAAGCAUAUUGUGUAUAGUAUUAGCACAGCUAAAGGAAGAGGAUUAGGAGACAUGAUGGACGAAGUUUUCCUAUGUCCUAAUCCUUUUAUGUGUGUGUCUUUUGUGUUUUCUACAGAUUAGUGCCAAAAUUUUGCAGAGGUGCUAAUUCUGGCCAAGAUUAGUGAUUAUUUGGACUUCUAAGGAUUUAGCCCAAAAUGUCCAAGCGUGUGUGCAAGUAACAAGUAGUUGUAAAUGGUCUGAUCUGGUAUGGUUAGGCCCAUUCAGUAUUUCAGUCCAUCAAGGAUCUAGCUCCUUACUUGUGUUUGUCAUUGAUUCUGCACUGUAAUCCAUCAAUGGAUCUAAUUCCUUCUUGUGUAUGAAAUUGUGAAAAUUAUUGUGAGAUGAAUGUC